GAUACUCUCAGUAUCACUUUGUCGGUUCUGCCUCUACGAUAGAGAGAGACAGACAGAGACCCUACUCCUCCUCUCGCACCCCUUCUGUGUCCCCCGUACGAACCUCACCCAACAACCGCUCAGUUAGCGCACCGGCCUCUCCCAGAGAGAUGAUGAGUAUGAAAGAACGCAAGACCGAAUACGACUCCACAGCAACCAAUGCAGGUUUCCACGACAACAAAGGAGAGCACACCUCCCGAAAAGACACCAUGGCAGUCAGAAUCUCCUGUGGAACAUCCACGUUGUUCCGGAACUCUUAUGUUACAACUAAUGACGAGAUCGAACACAACCAGAUCCCUCCCCAGCCCAUGGCCCCUCAGGCAGACUGCUCCUCUACACCCCUAAAAGACUACGACACGUUCCCUCCAUCCCUCCCUCCCUCCUUCCCACCUCCGCAGAACCCUGGCCGCAUGCUGGAUGACUCCUUCUUCGAGCCUCCAGAUCAGCCCCUCCCCCAGCCCCCGUCUCAGGCCGCCACGGACCUCCGGAUGCACCUUGGCCUUAAGUCCACUGGCAACUAUGUGGACUUCUACUCUGCAUCCCGGCCCUACUCCGAACUCAACUACGAGACCAGCCACUACCCGGCUUCACCUGACUCCUGGGUCUAAAGACAGGAGUCACAAUUUAACAUGGGUCCUGGAGAGAUACAGGCUGGUGUAGGGUUUAGCUCCAGUCCAACACUAACAAACAGCACACCUGCAAGGUGUAAUGAACCAUUGAUUUGAGGAUAUUAGGUUUAUUAGUGCUGGGCUGGAACAAAAUCCUGCAUAGUCCCGUAGCUCUCCAGGAUUGAGAGUGAAGAACACUGGUGUAGAGUAAAUAGGGGGUGCGAGGUUAAUGUUAGUAACCAAUGGCAAACAGGGAUUGAAGGGGGUUAGGGGGUGCUAGGGUGUUGUGAGGGGUUCAGGUGUGAAGAGAGACUGCGCAUGUGCAUGAAUACCACAAGACAUUUUGCCGCCAGUUCAGUUUGUUCAAAGCUUGUUCCACUGGGAAAGGGAGUGGGAUAGAUGUGUCAGAGUGGGAGAGUGAGAGAGAGAGAGAGAGAGAGAGAGAGAGAGAGAGAGAGAGAGAGAGAGAGAGAAAGAGAGAGAGAGAGAGAGAGAGAGAGAGAGAGAGAGAGAGAGAGAGAGAGAGAGAGAGAGAGAGAGAGAGAGAGAGAGAGAGAGAGAGAGAGAGAGAGAGAGAGGGGGAAAAGUCCUUGACAGAAGAAAAGAAAAAAACAACAACUGAAUGAUGACGGAAGGCUCUUACCUCUUUGAAGUUGCAUUGCUUGACUUUCAGAAAGAAGAAGGGGAGGGGAGUGGAGAAAUGGAAGAGAGGAAGAGUUGUGAGUGUUUUUUGGCAAGUCGGAUGAAAAGUAACAGACCAGAGAAGGGAGAGAGAAGAUGAGAGGAAAACACCAAGCACAAGACAGGACAGGAUGUUUACAGGAAAAACAAGGGGGCAGCUUUCCACUCGUUCAUUACAUUGACUUCUGACUUUCAUCGUCAAUCAAAGCUUCUACCUUUCUAUGGAAUGUUGUCUGUUGAAGAAGAAUCUUCCAGCCUUUUAGGUUUUUAUUUUCACCACUUUUUUUUUAUUUGUACUUUUUGAAGUUGUGGAUGUACAGUAUU